CUAACUUUUGUGUGUUGCAAAUAUAAAAGGGAAGCCAUGUGACAGAGGGACAGAAGAACAAAAGCAUUUGGAAGUAACAAGACCUCUUAUUAGCUCUCACAGUUUAGAAGUCCAACAGGAGGCAGGAGCAACACAUUUUCCAAAGCCUUGAAGGAGAUGCUUUGAUGGAUUAUAACGUCAACAAAUGUCUACCCCAAAACUAGCAAUGACAACCCAGAGACUUAAAACAGAUCUUUCACUUUCCUCGAAAGGGACUGGGCCUCAGUCUUUAGAGUGUUUUUGAUACUCUACCUCCCUCUACUGUUAUUCCUAAGAAGUUCUCCAAUGAUGGGAAGUCAUGUACUAGCCGCUUCAAUUUCCAUGCUGUCUCUUCUGGUGAUCAUGGGAGACGCAGAUACUAAAACGGACAGUACCUUCAUGAUUGACUCAGACCCUGGACGCUGCAUGAGGCACCAUUAUGUUGAUUCCAUCAGCCACCCUUUGUACAAGUGCAGUUCAAAGAUGGUGCUGCUGGCUCGCUGUGAGGGUCGCUGCAGUCAAACAUCACGCUCUGAGCCCAUGGUGUCCUUCAGCACAGUCCUCAAACAGCCCUUCCGCUCCACCUGCCACUGCUGCCGCCCCCAAACGUCCAAACUGAAGGCCAUGAGGUUGCGCUGCUCUGGGGGCAUGAGACUCACGGCCACCUACCGUUACAUUCUCUCCUGCCACUGUGAAGAGUGCAAUUCCUAGGAGCAACUGUGUCUCAGCAGAAUGAAUGGGAGGGUCACAAGCUCAGCAGCACAAUUUAUACAUUUAAGGAUAAUGAAUAUGGAUUGUAUUUGAGAACUACACAGAGUAAACUGUGAUGAUGCCUGGAAAUGUGCUGAACCUAGAAGCGGACCUCAGAAUGUAUGUCCAUGCUGAAGAUGGAAAACCUUUGAGGGUGGGACUGUUUUUCAAAAGCAUAUUUUCCCCAGAAAGAUAUUGUAUCCAUUUAUCCGGCUAAGCAGCUACUUUGAUCCUGAAUAAGGACAGAAUCAUGAUGCCUCUUCAUUUGAGUGUCCUGCCAUUAAAGGUUUUUUUUAAAAAAACAACAACCCUAAAAACAUAUCAAAGAUGUACAGUGGGUAGAAAUAUAUGGAAAAUGCUUUAUUCUAGAAGAAGAGAAAGACUCUGUUGCUCUAUACAGAAGCCUAUUGUAUCAUUUAAA